AUGGCGACGGCACUGAUGCGAUUUUGGUUCGGCCUUGGCCUUUGCGUGCUCAGCGUUUGGGGAACUGAGUUUGUUGAUGACGAGUGCGGUGACGACGGAGCCUGCAGUCUUGAGCUCCAUCAGCUGCGUGCGCAAAAGGAGGCAAAGGAAGUGCUUCAGCCAAGUCAGUCGGUGAACAAGACUGCCGGCAAGUGCACAGCUGCAGAUGUGGCCCUCAUGCAGAAGUUUGGGGGCGGUAAUGCUGAUGGCACCUUUCCCAAGAUCUUGUCGCAAUGCGGCAAGGGUUCAUACAGCUUCUGGAGUGGCUUCAAACAGGGUCAGAUGCAGAAUUGCAUCAUGGAGAAGGUUCAACUUAGCUCCGGCUGUGCCAGCUGCUAUGCCAUGUCUGGCCAGUACAGCUACGACAACUGCAAGAUGCCGUGCCUCUUCGGUGCCUGGUGCUCUGGUAGCUGCUUGAGUUGCUCCCAAGGGAACAAGGCAACCGUCGACCAAUGCGCGGGCGUGACGUCUCCAGAUGUGAAGCAGUGCUAA